UGCGAUGACGUGAAGAGAGAAUUACCGUGAUGUGUUGCAAAGUCGCCCACCGGCGGAAGUAACCGAAAUUUAACUGACCAAUGAAAUCGCAAAUUUCAACUUCAAACUUCAAAAUUUCAGAUGAUGCAUUUUUCUGCCAACCUAAAAGUGAAAUUCUCAAUAAAAUGUCCUUUUUAUUCCUUAAAUUUCUAACACCAAAAGGUAUACUAAGGCAGAAUUUAUGGAGAUAACGUUUCAGUUCGAUUAUUGUUAGUGCGGACGUUUUUUUUGUGUUUUGAAUUGUAGCUUCUGUAACUAAAAUUGAGGGCCAAAAUGGACGAAAAUAACGCUCAAAUACAAUCACAAGGAUCUGUUUGCAGUGAUUCCAAUGGUGAAGAUACGUAUAAAAACGACGGAGAACCGUUAUGCGCUGCUGAUAGAAGAAUAUGUCUUAUUGGGAAUCUAGCGAGUGAUACUAAACUACAUUCAGUGGCAGAAUCGUUUGGAGUACCUGUAGUUACUUCAGUGAACGGAUUUGAAUAUGUUUUCGAUGAUUCGUGUUGCACAUACUACAUUAUUGAUAGUUUUGAGGGUGAUAUUUAUAAUGCUUUAAGUAAAUCGAGACAAACUAUAUUAGGGCCUACGGCAUUACAACAAUUAGCUGCUAAGGAAAAGAAAGAAUUACCAGAUAACACAAGGCCUCUUUUUAAUAUUGCUAUGAGAGGAGUUGUCGUAUGUUUUACAGGAUUUAGAAAUAAAGAUGAAUUGACCAAACUGGUACCCCUAAUUCACCAUAUGGGCGGUUCCAUACGAAGAGAUAUGACAGCCAAAGUGACACAUCUGAUUGCCAAUAGUUGUGGGGGUGACAAGUACCAAUAUGCAUCCACUUUUAAAGUACCUGUCAUGAAUUUGCAGUGGGUUGUCGACAGCUGGGAUCAUAGAUGUGAUUUAGAUUUUAGUUCAUCUGUGGAUUCUUUUGUGAGCAAGUAUAAAUUGAAACCUUUCCAUGGGGCAAAGGUAUGUUUUCUGGGCUUCCCAGAGGAAGAAAAAAGUCAUAUGACAGAAGUUUUGGAAGCAAAUGGUGGACUAAUAACUUCCGUGGACGAUCCAAACUGUACUCAUGUUGUUAUGGAAAAUUCUGAAGUGUACACGCUGGACGCUGCAAACACGCCACUUCUCUCACCCAAAUCCAACCCUAACCUCAAAACAUUCCUGUCUGAACAGUCCGAAAUGGUUCGAACCCCCAAUAACAACAGCAUAUCCGACUUGAAUUGCUUAGAAACCAGUACUACUAGCACCGCAUACUUAGGUACCGUACACGAAACAUCGAAUAACGAUGAUUUAGUUAGUGAAAUGGACAGUAUUUGCUUCGAAGACCAGUCUCUGAACACUAGCUCGGUUGUACAAAGAAAAAGAAAGUUUGCAUCGCCCGAUUCGAACACUCUGGUUAAAAGAAAACGCGAGAAAUGUUAUAGUGAAAGGAGACGAAAAGUUUCCAGUUUUUUUAAGACUCCCAUUAACUAUUUCGCUAAUAGGAGAAGAACUAUAGAUGCCUCUACGUUAAGUCGUUCUAUGAACGACAGUGUCGUCUCAACUUCGGGAGUUUUUAACGUUGAAACACUCAGUAACUUAAGUACGUGUAUAGAGAGUGAUGACACACCUCGUACAGCUUUGAGAAAAUCGAAAAAAAGUCUUUUUAGUAGAACUUUUAGUUCGUCUAGGUUUACGAGAAGUAAGUCAAAGAAAAGUUUGAUGAAUUCUUCGAAGUUGUCGUUUAGCGAUGAUGUAGAUUCCGUAGAAAAGGAUAUGCUGAAUUUGAGUUGUUUUCCGGAUAUUUCCUUGAAUCCUAUUCCCCAUAUUCCUUCAGGUUAUAGCGGGCUUAGCAGCGAAUCCUCACAGUCGGCCAGGAGACCUGCUCUUGCGGUGGUCGAUGAAACGUCAGUGGUAGAACGGCCAGAUGUCAACGCCAGAGCCUUCGUGGUUAAGGCCGAGUGGUUCUGGACAUCGGUCCAGAAGGAAUACAGUUUGGACGAGAAAGAGUACCUGUUCGACGACUAUAUAGAGCACGCCAUUGCGACGCCGGGCGUGAGGAGGGAUAGUCGUACCGGUACGCCAAGCAGCGCAAGCAGAAGAAAACGCAAAAGAAUCCACGAGACCCUCCAAUCUCUAGUACAGCAGACUCAGUCUCCGGCACUCCAUAAAAGAAGAUCGUCGGUCAGUGAUGCUGGAUUGCUGUCCGUGUCCGGUUCAUUUCUGGAUUGUACCGUUAGUCCGGUUAGUACCACCCCUGGCAGACGACAUUCUAUUAAGAAUGAUAAAGGUUUAUUGGAUAAAGCCGAAUCCGAGGAAACACCACAGAUUACGUCGGCAAGACAUCAAGUGUUCUUAGAGCUGGUACAGACGGAAUCUAACUAUGUGGAAAUCUUGAGCAUCAUAGUGAAAUUGUUCAAGCAGUACCUGGAAGAGAUGCUGGACGAGGAUCCUCUUUUAAAUUUUACGGAGUUGAAUCUCAUUUUCGGCAAGUUGCCGCCGAUCCACGAAACCCAUUUGAAAAUGCUCGACGAGCUAAGAUGGACUAAAGCACACUGGAACGAAGAGAGAAGCAUAGGUGAUAUAAUAAUCAAAUAUUCCACUGAACUGCAAAGAGCGUACCCGCCAUUCAUCAAUUACUUCGAAGAAAUGAAGGAGGUUUUGACGAAAUGCGACCAGUCGAAACCGAGGUUUCACGCUUUUUUGAAGGCGAUGCAAACCAGACCAGAAUGCGGUAGACAGAGCUUGCAAGAGCUGAUGAUAAGGCCGGUACAGAGACUAGGAAGCAUCAGUUUAUUACUUAACGAUUUGUUAAAACACACUCCCAAACCCAACCCCGACCAUGCAGCUUUGGAACAGGCCAUGGCGGCGCUCAGAGAAGUGAUGACGCACAUCAACGAAGAUAAAAGGAAAACAGAAGGCCAAGUGACGUUAUUCAAUAUAUUUAACGACAUCGACAAUUGUCCACCUGACAUCGUGUCGUCUCACAGAAACUACAUUACCAAAGUGGAAGUCACUCAGCUGGGCUCGUCAGACGGUCUCAGUUCGAAAGGCAGCAAUCUCGUUUUGUUUUUGUUCAGCGAUCAGUUGGAAGUGUGUAAGAAAAAGUCGAAAGCCUUCAACAGUAUGAAGAGUCCUUCGGCGUCGGUCAGUAGUUUUCAAAUGGCCGGAAAACCAGUGGUCAAGCCCUACAAGCACGUGAAGAUGAUGGCCCUAAACACAAUUAAAAGGGUCAUAGAUAUUAAAGAGACUGAAGACUGCCAAAAAGUGUUUAGCUUAGUAUGCAGGGGGAGCGACGACAUGAAAGAAAAAUUGUUUUCCUUUGCCAUGUCCGACGAUGACGUAGACAAAGUUGAUUUCUUGAAAACCUUAACCAGAACGAUGGCCAACAACGUCUGUAGUGCCGAUGCCGAUAAAUUUAUGGCAUAUCUUGAACCACAACAACUGGACAUUGACACAAGUGAUUUGAGCACGAAUACCCUUACCAAAGCUUUCAAAUUUGCUAAAACGCGAUUGAAGGUUGGUCGAACGUUCUCCUUUAACAAAUCAACGCCAUCUAAGCUAAAAAGGGCGGUCAGUUCUAUGAUGUCACCUUUUGGCAGCUCAACAAAUCUCACGCCUGCGUCGCAACUUGCCAACAUGCGAUUGGCCAGCUAUAGUAAUAUCAACGAAUUAGGCAAUAACACGGAAAAUUCCAACGAUCCCCCUCCAGUGGCACCCAUGUCAGUACAACCGACUCGCAAAGUCAAGUCCACCUCCUUAAACGUGAACACUUUCAAAAGAUUAUAAUAUCUUUCGAGACUCUUUUCGCCAUUGUUUGUGUACAUAAUUAUUUUAAGUUUGUUUAUAAACUAUAUCAGUCUUUUUAAGGAGCAAACGUAGAAUAUUGCUGCAUUUAAAAAAUUAUAUCGUUAUCAAUUUUUCGAACUUGUUUUUGUGACAUCUAGAAUUAUUUUAUUCUUUUAGUUUUAUUGACGUAUUUGUGAUUUUAACCUGUACACAUACCUUUCUUAUUUUUAACUAUUUAUUUCGUAUGAAUUUUCUGUACAUGUAUUUUUAAAUUUUAAACAUUUACUAUACCGUACGAUCCAGAAAAAAACGGCGUCAUAGUAGCCAAUCAAAAUUAUAAUUUUUAACGACUAUUGUGACGCUUUUUUUGUUUAUGAAAUUACAUGAACAAUUCUUUUGAUGUCCUAGCGAAAUAUAUAACGGUGAUAAUUUUUUUAUGUAGUGGGUUUUAUAUUUGUAAAUUUUUGCGCUCAAAAUAUCUAAGACAAUAAAUACCGAGUGAGUAAUAAGUGCAUAUUGUAAAUUUUAUAAAAUACGUGUGAGAACCCGAUGGUGUCGAGACAUACGCGUGUCAUACUCGAUUAUUUUAGAUUUCCAACUUGUGUAGUUUUUUACUAUAUAUUGUUAUAGAUUCACCUUAUAGGUGAUUUAAUUUAAGCCAGAAUGUAAAAAUUAAUAAUUUAUGCAGCUUGAAGGAA